AAGUUUAUCAGAAGGUUGUAUUCACCAAUCCGGAAUAUAACGGAUGAACAGGUCAUGGUGAACCAAACGCUUCAUUCCAAAUACGAAAUAGAGAAAGAUCCUAUCUAUAAGACUUCUCAACAAAUAUGGAUUUAUUCAGCCCCGAUAAUACUGGUGCUUGGAACUGUUACCAACAUCCUUACGAUAGCUGUUCUUCUUCGGAAAAAAUUAAGAAAGCAGACCACCAUAUUAUACUUAACUGUACUAUCAGUCCUGAAUCUCCUGACGCUGUACUUAGGCCUUGGUAAGACCUGGCUGAUGGUGGCUUUUAACGUUAACAUUUAUGACCAGUCAGACAGUUUGUGUCGAUUGUCUACCUUUUCUUUGAACUUGUUACUAAAUCUAACAGUAUGGAUCCUUGUGGCAGUUACAGUUGAUCGUUGUAUAAUAGUGUGUCUUCCUCACAUAGCAAAACAGAUCUGUCACUUGAAAUACUCGAAAGGAGUUGUUGCGGGCUUAUUUGUUUUUCUUUCUCUUGCAAACAUGCAUUUAUUCUGGGGAGUUACAGUACAAAAGGCCCAUGGAAGUUCCAAAAAGGAGUGCACUCAUGGAAAUGAUUUUAACGAAUUCAUAUUUCCUUGGUUAUCACUGACCCUUGGCUUUAUUGUGCCUUUUGCAAUCAUGGUUAUUGCCAAUUCCUUCAUCAUUCGCUGCAUUUAUUUAUCCCACAAGCGUCUUGCAUACCACCAGAGCAACGACUCCAAAAAUACUAACAGCACCAAAAAGCUCUCCAGCGUGACAAGCAUGCUGUUGGCCUUAAACUUUACGUUUAUGGUAUUAACCCUGCCGAUUAUGAUCUUUUUAAUAGUGGAGCCUUAUCACGUGGCUAAUGAGGAAAUCACGGCCAAUAUGUAUCUCACGUGGGCAAUAGUUAAUAUUUGUGACUAUACAGAACAUUCCCUAAGUUUCAUCCUUUAUUGCCUUGCUGGAUCUACUUUUCGAAGAGAGUUACGAAAAAUGCUCAAAGGAAAGUAAUAUUACUAUUGAAAAUGAGUGGGUGAUCGGCAAUAAUCAGUAAAUUUAAUUGAACAUUAGAGGGUUAAUGUAACGAUAUUAUGUUAAAAGCUAAAUUAUUAUUAUUAAUGAUAACCCUGAC